CCUCGCCCGCACGAGCUGGGAAAUCGCUCUUCGCUCGCCUCAGUCUGGCUCGGCCGUCGCACAGCAACGACGUGUACGAGUUGCGCGCUAUACUCGCCACUCGCGAGCCUUCGCUCGAAUAAAAACUUCAUCUUAUAUUCGAAGGAAAAGAGCGCGCGCGGCGAAAAUAGUGAGCUCGUGGCUGGGACUGUCGAUAAGCAGGUGGGAGAACGAGUGGUAGGAGCAGGCAGUAUGAUGCUGCCUGCGCUGGCGCUGCUGGUGCUGCUGACGCUGGCCCCAGCGGGGCCCGUAGCAGCGCGUCGUCACGCACCUGACUUACGGGAGGACGAGCCUGCGCGUCGCACCACACGCCCUGCCGAAUGUCAGUUCGGGAAACAAGCGAAAGAGCUCGGUUCGACGUGGUUCGCGGACCUCGGACCGCCUUUCGGUGUGAUGUACUGCAUCAAAUGUGAGUGUAUAUCGGUACAAAAGAAGCGUCGGGUUGUAGCAAAGGUCCAUUGUAGGAACGUAAAGAAUGAAUGUCCAGAACCUUCCUGUGACACACCCACACUCCUACCCGGGAGAUGCUGUAAGACCUGUCCAGGAGAUAUAAAUUCUCCUGAUGUCGUACAAGAUGAUAGUCCAACGGUUGUGAUCACGACUAAUGAAGACGAGGAACUGAGCACAAGACAUUUCGGAGCUUUACUAACUGGUCGAUCGCCGCUGUGCAUACGGCGUGAUGAUAUGACAGGAGUCCCUGUAGCUUCAGGCGUAGCAACCGCUCGCUUUACCUUUCGACGUCGCCAUCUAUUCUGGUCCGUUCUACUCGGACCAUCUAUGGCCAUACAACCACGAGCUUUAGCUUUCCUAGACAGAGGUGGACGCAUGCUUCUCGAACAUCCUUUAAAAAGAGCGCCCGGAAUUCACAAGACUUACGAGGAAAAAACGGAUAAGUUGUGUGGCGUCUGGCGUCGAGUGCCACGGGAAUAUAAGCGAUUAUUGAGAGAAGGCUCUUUGUAUGUCGCGUUGAUUUGGGGUGACGAGCGUAACAAUUCGAUGGAAAGUGCUCUCAGUGGUCGAAUAAAUAGAUACCCAGCGCUUUCUACGGAAAUGUUUACGUCCCUCCUUGAACCAGAACAUAUACCUACAACGAUUGGUAAUGGACCUUGUGAUGAUUACCGCUCUCCAGGGCAAGAAGAGGGUUGGUGGGGAGGCACAGCUGUUGUUACGGGAGCUGCUGGAGCUGCCCCCAGCUUACACUUGGCUAUCAUAUACAAUGGUGUAUUCAUGCCUGCUUCAAGAGAUCAAUCCGUAAGAGUUCUGCUGACGCUCCCGGAAAGAAAUCAAACGAUUAUUGACGAGAUACAAAAAAUUAACAAACCGGGCUACGAAUUAAACGUAUUGGAAGUUUCUACACCUGUGUCCGCCGCAGAACUGCGAUCACUGUCGAGAGGACGUUUGCUGCUGUCCGUGGAAGUCCUGGGCACUUCAGAGAGACGUAUUUCUGGUAGUGUCCGGCAACGAGCAGCUUGUGAAGUGUUCCAUGCACCACUGAUAGCUGAAAGACCACCCGCAGCUGUUACUCCCGAGGGUCUGGCAUUGUUAUAUAUUGACAAAGAUGGAUCACUUGUGUAUGAUAUACAGGUAGAGAAUUUAAGUAUAGCGGAUCCGAAAAUUACUCUAGUGGAAGAGCAAAGCAAGCGUCAUUCACAAGUGGAGAUAUUAGAUACUAGAAUUGGAGUUCUAGCAAGACCAAGCGCUCGCAUCUUCCCUCCAUUGUACGAAGACCAACUUGCGGUUCAUAUUGGUUCUGAUACAGGUCCUCCAAUGUUGCGAGGCCGGUUACUGACACGACCGUUACCAGACGCGGCUAGUUCUGGCCCAGCUCUAUUAAGACGCACAGAUGUCCGCAUGUCUCCCUCGAUCAACCCCGUUGCUGGCCUCGCCUGGCUCUCCGUUGAUGCUUUAUGUGGAAUGAAUUAUGAGGUGGUAAUAAAUGGUUACUCCGGUUCCUGGUCGGCAUGGCUCGAUAGCCACGCAAUUGGUGGCCCAAGGCCUUUGGCGGGAGCUGAAGGGUCUGUUCUAGAACCAUCAUCAAUGGAGCUAACAGCGUUGAACAAUGGCAACGCGUAUCUUAAUGUUCGAGCGUCUGAUAAUGACACCGAGUUUCUGCGCACGCGUUUACCACAGAUAAGCGUGCCACUGUCGUGUCUCCCAGCGGUUCCUGAUUCUGACAACGAGUUGAGCGCCAACUAUGAGCCGACGCACGUUAAUUCUCCUCCACCUGACAACUCACUCUCUAAUACAGCCUCGUGUUAUUAUGCUGGAAAAACUUAUGAGGACGGUGCGCAGUGGAUGUUGACUGAGUCUUGUCAUAUGUGCGGUUGCGUGCACGGCGUGCUGCGGUGCGAUCCCGUACGCUGUCCGCCCGUCAACUGCGCUGUGCCCACUAUACAGCCACCUGGACAAUGCUGUCCUAUUUGCACUAAUUCAACCAGUGCUGUUUGGAACGAGUCGCACGGUUGUCACCUUGCUGGACAAUAUCACGCACCUGGAUCUUCUUGGCAUCCGUAUUUAGUACCGGGAGGCUAUGAUACGUGUGCUAUAUGUACAUGCGAGUUCCCAACACGGCAAGUGCGAUGUCCACGUGUAAGGUGCCCACCAUUAAGAUGCGCAGAAAAAGAUGCAUAUAGACCAGAUAAAAAGGCUUGCUGCAGGGUUUGUCCAGAGGUCAAAGCGAAGAAAACAGAGGAAGAAACGCCUAAAGAUCAGGGUGCACCGCGAACCGCGGAGGAAAUUCUUGCGGAAGGCGGUUGCAAGUUUCCGGACGGACCUCUGCCCAAUGGCAAAGAAGUUCAUCCAUCAAUACAUUCACAUGGCGAACAGAGAUGUGUCACGUGCCGGUGCAAGGACGGCGAAGUGACGUGCAUCCGCAAGCGCCGCCGCCGCCCAGCUGAGCGCCGCGCGCCCGCGCCUCGCGUCCCCUCGUCGCCCCGCGCGCCCCGCGCCCUCGCGGACCCCCGUCUAUACCCCAGACUGCUCCUAGGCUAAGUGAGUGAACGCUUCGCUCUAUAGACUGAUAUAUUUUUAUGUUCUCUUUCGAUUCGAAUGAGUCCGUCUAGUUUAGUCGGCGUGUGGCGGUCGGCCGAGCGACUCGGAGCAGCCGGAGCGCCCGGCGUCGAAUAUUCGCUUCCCACCGGUAUUUUAAUUGGUAUUAUUCAGAAAUUUGUUGGCGCAGGGAGUGCUUCGCCGACCGCGUCGGUCGUCACGAUCGCACAGAGAGUCAGGAAUGUGAGCGCGGUCGAUGUUAAAGAUGUGCCAUAUUUUCUUAAUGUAAAUAAUAAAUUAUUAAACUUUAUUAUACCUAUGUGCAUAUUUAUUUACGACUCUUAAUGUACAUUUCGUGAUGUAGCGAUCGUAUCAUGUCUUCGACACCAUCACAGAUUGUUUAUCGUCGUCGAUUCGAUCAUCUCUAUUUGUGCAUUUGCUUGUAGUUUUAUCUUUACGUAAUGCCACACUUGUACAUGUUACGUAUUUUAUCGGUAACUUUUACCGUAUUUAAUCAGCCUGUGUUAACUCUAAUAUGUAAGUAAACAUAAGUACGCGUAACUUAAGUCCGAUGUAAUCAUGCGAGUAUCGGCCACAACCCACUGUAAAUACUUUUUUCACAUUGUUCUACUUAUAAUGAUAUAUGAUAAUAUGCCUAAUGAUAUUGUUCGUUUAGUGUAGCAAACACUAAGUUAAAAGCCGGUAGCAUGGUUGGUUAUACGCCGUUAUAAAGCAAUUAGAUUUAGUUAAAGUGAAUUUCUUGACUAGUUUUGGUUAAUUACUAGGUACAGUUUUAUAGUUAUGUAAUUAAGGAAGCUAGUCCAAAUGUGUUGAUGUGAUGGAUAAAAUGCCAUGUAGCUAGAAAUAUGUCUGCUUUGAUUGAUAUUGAUAAAUAUAGUUAUUGUUUUAUGAUAGACUACAUCUAAAAGUAUUUAGCUUAUACGGCAAAAAAUCGGGGCUUACUCUGUGAGACUUUGCCAAAAAUUUGUAAACAUUGUAAAGAGGAAUGCGUUUGUGGGAUCUAGUCCAUCAAAAUUGUGAAUGUAUUAUAUUGUUGUACUCACGUUAUUGGCUAUCUAAUUUUAUGUUUUUACGUAAUUAGAAUAUGAUUCGAUAAGGGCACGAUUUAUUCUGGUUUUAGUACUAUAAUCUAACAGUAGCGAGUAAUCACACCUAUGGCUUGCGAAUAACAUAACUAAUAGCCAUAAUGGGUACUAUAAACUUGCUUGUGUUGCAUUGUUUUUAUUUGAUAAUUAUUUCUAGUAGCCGACUCGAUUAUUCUCCCUCAUUAUACAAAGGGAUUUAUAUUAUAUUUGAUUCGAAAAUGUUAUAUGUACCUAUUAAAUGUAUUUAAUUUGGAAUAUAAGAAUUAAAUUUACCUGGACUUGUGGAACUGGUCAAAAUUUCUGUAAUACGCCAUACAGUUUUAGUAUGCAAUAAAUUACCUGUGAAUUCAAA